AUGCCGUUUCGCUCUCGUUCGCCGAUCCGCAGAUGGGGUGGUUCAUCAUCUAGGCGUACUCGUGAUUCAAGUCUUGAUGACUUGAAGCCGCCUCGGUGGGAUCUCUCUGACCUUCCUCGAUUUGAGAAGGUGUUCUACAGGGAGCAUCCUGCUGUCACAAAUCGUCCUCAGGAAGAGGUUGAUAAGUUUAGAGAUGAAAAUCGCAUGACUCUAAGUGGUCGAGAUGUACCUCGGCCGAUCUUCAGUUUUGGUGAAGUCGGUCUACCCUCGUAUAUUGUCAACGCAUUCCAGCGUGCUGGUUGGGCCACUCCAACUCCCAUACAAUCACAGGGAUGGCCUAUGGUUCUCAGUGGUCGAGAUGUAGUUGGCAUUGCACAGACAGGCUCUGGUAAGACCGCUUGCUAUCUGGUUCCCGCUUUGGUUCACAUUGAGGCGCAGCCGCGUCUUCUCAGAGAUGAUGGUCCGAUUUGCCUGGUUCUCGUGCCAACUAGGGAGUUGGCGCAGCAGGUUAUUCAAGUUGCUGAACAAUUUUGCAGUGCUGCGAGACUUAAAACAGUCUGCCUCUACGGUGGGGCACCAAAAGGUCCUCAACAUCGCGACCUUCUUAGGGGUGCUGAAGUGUGCGUGGCCACCCCUGGCCGCCUCAUUGAUUUCCUCAAAACUAGAGCGACAAACUUGCGUAGAUGCACAUAUCUGGUCCUGGAUGAGGCGGAUCGGAUGCUGGAUAUGGGUUUUGAACCUCAGAUUCGCAAGAUCGUGGAACAGACACGCCCUGACCGUCAAACUGUGAUGUGGUCUGCCACCUGGCCGCGAGAAGUUCAGAGCCUCGCUCGUAGCUUUUUGAAGGACUACAUCCAAGUUAACAUUGGGUCAACUUCGCUCCACGCAAAUCCAAACAUUACUCAAAUAGUUGAGGUGAUUGAGGACUACGACAAAGAUCAAAAGCUCAUAGGUCUGAUUAAGUCAUUCAACGGUCUUCGAUGCCUGGUCUUCGUUGAAACCAAGAAGAAAUCUGAUCAAAUUGCAUUCUUCCUUAAAAGAAAUGGGAUCCGUGCCGCAGCGAUGCAUGGGGAUAAGGUGCAAAGGGAACGUGAUGCGACUCUCGAUGCCUUUAGACGGAACCAUAUUACUGCUCUUGUCGCCACUGAUGUUGCAUCUCGUGGUUUAGAUAUCGAUGACAUUGAAUACGUCAUUAAUUAUGAUUUCCCCAAUCAAACCGAGGAUUACAUUCACCGCAUUGGCCGAACCGCUAGGAGCAACAAGAAGGGAACUGCGUUCACCUUCUUCACACCAAAAAACUAUAAACAGGCUGGUGACCUCGUGGACAUAUUGGAAGAGGCUGGACAGCAAGUGAAUCCCGAACUUCUGCGCAUGGCCGGUGGUAGUUGUCGAUUCAGAGGAGCCCGAAAUGAUCGCAGCAGCAGUCGCUUUGCCCCCCGAAGUGGCCAUUCAGGACGAACGGGUGGUAGCUAUACGAACCAUAGUGCUCAGAGUGGACAUUCCUCCUACAGAACUCAUGAUUCGUAUUCAGCACGGAAUGGAAGUUCGAGUUAUAACUCUAGCCUCUCGAAACCCGAGAACCGGUACCAAGAUAGGACCACUCCACAAUCAUCCACUUCACAGGCACCCAUUCCUAAUCUUGGAGAGAAGCGAACUUAUUCACAGUCUUCACUCAGUAGUACCAGCUCUUAUCAUCAGCUUCCAAAAAUAAGCAAGCCUAGCUGGGGUGACAGCGCGGCGCAAUCCGCCUUCUCACAAGCGGUACCCCAGGUUUCAGCUGCACCUCAGGGUGUGCAAAUUAAUAACUGGAGUAACCCGUCCCAGUCGUGGGGGAAAAAUAGUCUCCCGACUCUCCUUCCGGCUACGAAUCAGGUGCCCAGUAAUAAUCAAUGGCCCAAUAGCAACGCCUAUGUUCCGGCUCCAUUGUCAUCACAAAUGGCAGCUGUAGCUGCAAAAUCAAUUCCAGACUACAGUCAGAUGCCCCCUCCCACACUUCCAUCCUCGGGUAAAGUUGCACCCGUUUACCACACCCCGCUCCCACCACAACCACCCCCUGUGGUCUCUCAACAAGCCAAAUCGGCUGCUUACAUACCGCAGCCACCAAAGCAAUCACCUAGCUAUGUCCCUCAACCACCACCACAGGCUGGCUAUGCACAGUAUGUGAGCCAGGCCCCUCCGACGUAUCCCCAGUUACCACCACAAACCUGGUCUCAAGGCUCGUGGCCGUCACAUCAACAGUAUUCGGGCUAUUGA